AUGAAGUCGCAGCGCUCAAACCGCAGACUCCUGCGCAAGCUGGGCCAUACCGAGUUUUGGUCUAAGAAGCUAGAUGCUACACUGGGUGAAGGUGGACAUGGAAAUCACAAGAUCGAUGAAUCUACCGGACAGGUAUACACCGAGACGACUGCUUCUAUCCAAAGUACAGAUGAUCGAGAGUGGACUCACAAACCACGCCUCCGUUCGGGUCAAUGCGUUCAGCCCGAAGCUUCCUAUCAUGAGUAUAUCGCUGCCGAAGGACUGGAUCAAGAGGAUGCUUAUAGCAAGUCCGCCGAGUAUAUUGAAGCCCUAAAAGACUCAGGGGUAAAAUGCGGUAGAGGAACACGGUCUCUUAAAGAUUUGUCUGUGGAAUGUAUUCUGAACAAUAUCACUUAUAUUACCCUGGAGGGAAUGCAGUGUCUCCCACUUCAUUUGGUACAACUUAUAUGGGACUCUAUCAGUAAUAGAUGCCUUUUGUCGUUCCACGCUUGGGUGAUAUUCUCCAAACUGCUUCACCAGAACGAAGGAGCGGUACUUGGUCUUUUGCGAUACCGUCACGCUAUCGAAACGCCCAAAUCACCUCUUCAGAUGUAUUCUACCUCCCUCACAUCCAGCUCAUUCGACUUCAUAAGUUCGCUGAGCAUCACAACCACAUUCCCACUUCCUGAUCUUGUUCGACUUUCCAAAAUUACGAAUCUCGGGGUUCUUGAGAUCAUCAAUGUUCCAGGAACAGAGGCUCGACCGGCCCAUCCCAGAGCAAUUCCAGGAGCCGUUAGUGAUCGAUUAAUCCGAGCCUGGCAUUUCGCUGCUUUAAAUGAAGGUGCGUUCAAGGUCUUGAGGAUCUUGAAGCUGUGGCACUAUGUGGAGCUAAGCAGCAAAUCGAUGGUCUACCUUAACAGUUUUCCGGCCCUGGCUUUAUAUGACGUUCGCGGCUGUUCCUUCGACUCGUGCUCGAAGAUAGAUGCUAAACGCUUUGGGUGGAAAGCAACCAUCAAUGAGAAUGUGCUGCACCUGCUAGAAUCUGCCUGCGUUGAACGAGCAAUGCUCAUGCGGGCAAAUCUUGGUGCCGAAGCCAAACCGCUUCGGAGGGCAAGUGCCCGUCAACUGCGGGAUGGAUCCAAAACUAGGAGAAUCCCUCGCUCGGAGGUACCUUCUUUCCUUACCCGCCCAGAAGCGCUAGUGCCUGGAGGAAACCAUGAGAAAUACUCUCGAGGCAAGGAAACCGCCGAUAUUGUUGCAAGGAGUUCUUUUCCUAAGGAGUCAGUUACACGCCAUCGACGGGGCUUGAUGAACUCGGUUCUCUCCGAUGCGAGUACAUCACAUGAGACUUGGGAAUUCAGCACCUACACAUCGUUUGCUAGAAUUGGCGAGUUGAGAAACGACGCUGAUCUAUCAAGAGCCGGAGUUUCCGUGGGUGACCAAGUUUUAGUACAAAAUGAGCUUGUCAAUUCGGUUCCCAUCGUGUCACUUCGCCUGGGCGAGACGCCGUCAGAUUUACGCUCAUGCUCAAACAUGAGCAGACUCGAACCUCUCCAUAAGGACAUCAAUUAUGGUUCUUCAAACUCGCCUUUCAAGUAUACCAUGAAAAAUGAAAGGGACCGUUGGAUCCCCCGGGCUUUGGCUUUCAUUCGGAUAAAAUUACCUCCUGUUGAAGUUCGUUCAGAGGUGCUGUCUGUCGAUUCCGCUCAACAGGAGUUGAAAUGCCCGGCCGAGGCUGCGAUACCGGAUUCUACGAAGUGCCAUGGCAUUAAUGUAAGGAGAAGCAAGAAGCGGAACAUUGGUGAUAUGCUUAGUUCUUUCAAUUAA